AAAUACACUAUACAAUACCCACAUAUUAUUAUACGUACCUUGACAUUAUAUUGUAUUAACAAUUUGGGAUUUAAUCGGUAUAAUAUGUGCAAACAAAUAUAAUAAGCUAUUGUGUUGCUACAAAAGCGAGAUUUGACCGGAAUUUAAUGCCAUUCAUACUUAUAGGUAGGUAACUCAUAACAUCAUAAGCGAUUACGAUUGAUCGUACAUAUUUGUUAAAUUAUUCAAUUCAAUUCAACUGUAAUAAUUUUUGUAGAAUGCGUUGUAAAUAUGUUUUGUGACCACCUCGCAUGCUCCUACAGUUAAAACUGAAAUUCUCUGUGGUGUCUGUUUACAAUUCGAACUCGCAGUUAUGUAUGUACAAUGAACAAUGAUAUAGAGACGAAAAAAAUAAGAGCAAAAAGGACGAUGAAUCUUAAGGAUUCUAUAAAACAAAAGGGAAGUUCAUUAAGCAUUUGAAAUUUGGAUCUGUUUUAAAGCUGUGAACCAAAAUGUAAUUAAAUCGGAAAAAGCGAGAGGGACGCCUUGAAGCGAAAGCCGCUCCUUAAUUACCAACGCUGGUUAUUCGGAAAGCGUACCGUCGUUUUUGUUGCCUUCGACAAUGUAAUAUUUACUAAAAUUGGAUAUAAAAUAAAACGUAUUUAUUUCAAGUUCAAAUAGGACAAUCUUGAAGAUAUAUCAUUGUUAGGUUAGUAAAUUUUAUUGCAAAGACAACUAAUAGAGAUAAUGAUUAUUUUCGUUGUAAAAAAUCCUUAUUACAUAUUAUUUCGAUUCAUUGAAUAAUUGAAAUACUUAUCCAUAAUUAGUAUUAACUACCUACAAUUAAUUUCGUGUACAAUUUAACUUUAUUUAACAUUUUAUAAAACUGAAUUACAUUUAUUGAAUUAAUAAAUUAUAAUAGUAUUUUUAACAGUGGCGUCAUUUGGGGGGUGGCAUGGUAGGCAUUUCCCCCUCCCCCCCUUGUAAUUAGCUGGCCGCUAUCGGGCCGGGUAUGGGCUAGUUUUGGGCCUUUAUAUAGUAGCUAAUAGGUAAUAUAUUUAAGUAACCUACCUAUAUAAUAUAUAUAAAUUAAUUAUUUAGUUAUUGUUAUCUCUCAAAAAAAUGAGUUACUUACCUGUAUGCUUAUGAUAUUAACCUUUGAUACUAACUAGUAAGUAUACAAUUAUGUAUAAUGAGGGUAUUUGUAUUAGAGAUGUUCCGGGUACCCGGCAAUUACUCGAUGGCCGGGUACUCGAUAUCAUAUUUAAGACUCGGCUCUUACUCGGUACCCGGCGUAAUAUCUACAUUUUUACCCGGCAUUACUCGUUACCCGUCGUAAUACCUACAUUUUUACCCGGCUCUUACUCGGUACCCGGCGAAAUACUACAUUUUUACUCGACUCAUAUCCAAUGGCAAACGACAAUCUAUUUAUAAAUAUAUACAAACCUAUAAUUAAUUUAACGGGAGAAAUCUAAAAUUCAAGGGUAUUGAAUUUACCAAUUAUAAUUUAUUUUGGUUCUUAUUAUAUUACUUAGAAUAACUGAACCGAUUUACGAUAGCCAGUUGAUUAUAAACAAAUCAUGUUUUUCUUCUAUGAAUUACAAAAAUAAAUCUCGUGUUUACCGUCUGAUGUUUAUAUAUAAAUUAUAUGAUAACAAUCUGCAAUCAAAACCCGUAAUAAAAUAUAAAUUAUUACUAUACAAAUAUUCUCAAGUAUAAGUAAUCACUAAUCAGUAAUCACUUUACAGUUUAUAUAGUAGUCUACACUGCACAGCUAGUACAGUUGUAGUACCUACUACCUACUACCUAUUGCUUUUUUGUUUUAACUUUUUUAAAUUCAUUCAAAUCAUUCAAUGAAUCCAAUGAACGAGGCCGAGGACGAGGAAGUGUCAUGUAUCGAGCCAUUAUUAAAAACAAAAAAAUUAAGUUUAAUUUGGGAAUAUUUUGAAGAGUCUACAUGUGACCUGAGUAGAGUUAUUUGUAAACAAUGCAAGCAAAAGGUAUACAAAGGAUUGGGGAAAAAGAUGACUACUUCCUCUAUGAGGAAACACUUAGAAUCAAAACAUAAACCAUUGUACAAAGAAAUGUUAAAAUCUGAAGAAUCAAAAAAAGGCCAAAAGCAUUUAAAUGUUAAAUCUGCUACAUGUGAUAUUAAGACUAAAAGUCAUCAACUAUCUAUUUACGAAUCAAUGACCAAAACAGAAUGUUGGGAUAUAAAUGAUAAAAAAUCCAAAGUAAUUCAUAAAGCAAUUGGUGAAAUGAUUUGUGUUGACAAUGAACCGUAUAAUUUAGUUGAACGGACAGGGUUUAAAAAACUCAUGGAAAUUGUUAAACCACAAUAUAAAGUACCUGGUCGCAAAUAUUUUACUGAUAAUAUUAUUCCAGAAAUGUAUGUUGAACUUAAAUUAAAAAUUAUGGAUAUGCUGAAGCAGGUUCAUACUGUAUCGCUUACAUCAGAUAUUUGGACAUGCAGCCACAACAAUGAAAGUUUUCUAAGUUUUACAUGUCAUUGGAUUUCUAAUGAUAUGAUACAACAUCAUUGUGUCUUAAAUGUUAGACAUUUCCCUGGAAGACAUACAGGCCUCGCCAUUAAAGAUACAUUAGAAAGACUAUUGCAGGAAUGGGAUUUAGAAAAAAAGAUUCAUUUAUUAGUACGAGAUAACGGAGCAAAUAUGAAAAAAGGUGUCGAUGAUGCUUCGUUAUGCAGUUCUGGUUGCUUUCUACACACUAUUCACCUGCUUGUAACUGAAUCGAUAAAGAGUCAAAAAUCUGUUCAAGACUUAAUGAUUCGUGCCAGAAAAGUGUCUACACAUUUUCACCAUUCAUCAUCUGCCACUGAUAAACUUAAGUCUAUUCAAAUUAAACUUGGCACUCACCCUAAGAAACUUAUUCAGGACAUUUGCACUAGGUGGAAUUCCAGUUUUUAUAUGUUGGAACGAUUGUUACAAUUAAAAACUGCCAUUUUAGUAUAUAUAAGUGAUGUUGAAUCAACUCUACCGACUUUUAACCCCAAUGAUUGGUUAUUAAUGGAAUCAUUAAUACAUUUACUAAAGCCUUUUGAGGAGCUCACCAAACGUAUAAGUUCAAAUAAAUCUAUUAUUAGUGAAGUUAUACCUGCAAUUAUGAUAUUAGAUACUUUUUUGAAUCGACCUAACACUUCUCAUUUUGGAGUUGGAACUACUAAGGAUAUUAUGCUCACUCGUCUUUCAAAGCGUUUUGAAAAAGUAAUCAAAGAUGACAACCUUAUUAUAGCCACAUUUUUGGAUCCAAGGUUUAAAUUGUUAUUUUUUAAACCAGAAAAUAAACAAAUAAUGAAAAUAAUAAUAUUUAAAAUAAUAUCCAAAUUCAACAAUCUUAAUUCAAAUAUCGAACAUGAACCUACUAGUACUUAUAUAUCUGCAGUAGAAAAUUUGAAUGCUGGAAAUAGAGAGUCAUUAUGGGAUUUUUAUAAAGAAAUUGCAACAACAUCAAAUAUCGACCAAACUGAAGAACCUAUGUCUCUUAAGUAUACAGAUGUGGAUGACUACCAUAGUUUCAAUAAGGAUCUAGUUGUCGAAUUUGAAAAAUAUUGUAAUAUGAAAUGUGUUUCGAUUGAUGAAGAUCCAUUAAGUUGGUGGAAAAUAAAUUUUGAAAGUUUUCCAUUGAUUGGAAAUAAAUUACUAUUACAAAAAUAUUUAUCAGCACCAGCAUCCAGUGUUUAUUCUGAGAGGUCGUUCUCAGAGGCAGGAUUAGUAUAUGAAGCUAAAAGAAAUAGACUUCAGCCUCAAAAUGCUGAACAACUUUUGUUUAUUCAUCAUAAUAUAAACAAAUUUUAAAUAUUUUUAUUGUAUAAUGAUAAUAUAUAAUAAUGUUAAUUACUG